GUUCUGUACUCUGUAGCACACGGGUCUGUAUCAAUGCCACAGUGAGAGCUUGGGUACCGUCACUCAUUCUGCAGUGUACUCUUUCAGGUAAUCCUUCGGUAUAUUAUCGUCAUCCUAACCAUGGCAGAUAUCCGACUCGACCUUCCUCUGUCGAAUUUAUGAGGAACUCCUUGUAAAUCGGAUGUUGUAGAAGUCGGUCAGUACGUAUUGAUAUGGAUAUGGAUUCCUGCAUGGAUGCGCGCAGAUCCGCAGUUCCUUCUCGUCUCCACGUACCAUAAUCGACCAUCUCUCUCCCUAGAGGCUGGCUGCAAGCCUGCAACUAACUCACGGGGACAACCUUACCAUACUUACCUAGCUAGGUAUGGUGACGACCAUAUUGUAUCAAAAUCCAAACAACGUAAGCACCAUGUCAACCACGAGAGAGAACAAAAAAAUUCCGCCAAUCCGCAAAGACAAACGGUUGACCGCAAGGCAAACGGCACUGACAACGGACAUCCAUAUCAGGUGAACAAUAAUAAUCAACGAUUCAUGGAUUCACGCAACCCACCAUGGCACCAGACGACCUCAACCCAUUUCCUUAGCCCUUUAAACUCCACAGCCUCCGAUGCACAUUGCCUCCUGCCAGGACCUUCGUGUAUCGCCAUCGCCAUCGCCAUCGCCAAUAACUCGCCCGGGCGCUCACUCCCAGAGAGUCCCAAGGACAGCCCGGAACAGGGAUUUUCUCCAUUCCUAACCAAGAGCAGGAUAGCCCCAGGACCUGCUCCGACUUAGGCAGAGGCGAAGGAUUCGACCGACCACCUGGGCGGGUUCCUUCGGUGAUUUGGGCGAUUCGAGGGGGCCAGUGAGCGGCGCGGUUUAGGGGGCUCGAUGAGGAGCGUUGGAAACUAAUUUUCGAUAGACUAACAGUCACUAACUGCUCUUGGCCUCUUAGUCUUCUAUAAUAUAUGAAGGUUAUAUUAUUAUUCGGGUUCAUUUUGGGGCCGGGACCGAUGGACUGAAUUAGUUUAGUUG